AUGGUACCGGCCACCAGGCAAAUGACUAGCGGAGCUGCUUACUCGCAUUUUUUGGAUAAUGUAUUUUCACUUCCUCAAGGGCACCCAAUCCGACUUAGUUUCGAACAACAAGGGUAUAAUUCUGUUGAUGAUCUCCUCAGUAUUUUUGAGAACAAACUAGAUGCCCUUGGAUAUGUGCCUCCAGCGAGUCCUGACACCCAUGAAGACCCUCAGUGGACCCCAUUGCUCAUGGCGCACCGACAGAUCCUUCGUCAUUUCCUGCGUUGGCAGGCAUCACUUGAACGGCAAAAGGGAAGUCCUUUGGAAAAUUCGGAGCUUGUUGCAUUGACUAGUGGAGAUUUCAUUUUAUACCGACGCUCAGCACUCGGACAAGUCUCUAAUGUUCCGGCCACCAUCAGUCCUUCUCUGAACAACCAGUUAAGUACGUCCACGAAAGCUCGAUCGGCAGUCGACGAAUUCAAGCGAGGAGUCAAGCGUGACAAGACCCACUAUCCUAUCCUUAAGGACGACCGAUACUGGGACAAUUUCUACCGGUCUUUCGUGGUCACCGCGGUAUCCCAUAACGUCGAAAAGGUACUUGACCCAUCCUAUGCACCGACGGACCCCUCAGAGAAGUCUCUCUUUGAGCAACAGAAGAAAUUUGUGUACUCUGCUUUGGAACAUACACUUCAGACAGAUAUGGGGAAAAACCUUGUUCGCGAACAUAGUUUUGACUUCAAUGCUCAAGAAGUUUUCCGUAAGGUUGUCAAGCACUACACAGAGUCUGCCAGUGCCAAGAUUGGGUCCUCCAACACUUUGGCCUACCUCACUACGGCAAAAUAUGGCACAUCCUGGACAGGAACGGCGGAAGGGUUCAUCCUUCACUGGAAGAACCAUCUUCGCAUCUACAAUGAUAUGGUUCCUAUGGCAGAGCAGUUGCCUAAACAGCUUUGCCUCAGUUUGCUUGAAAACGCUGUACACGACAUCCCUGAACUCCGCCAGGUCAAGAUCACCGCUACUUUAGACUUAGCUAAAGGAGGCACUCCCCUCAACUACGAAGGUUACCUGAGUCUAUUGCUUGCAUCUGCUUCUCUAUACGAUAAAGGGAACAACCUUUCCAAUUCUCGUAGUGUCAAGAGCAAGCGUAGCGCCUUUCUGACCGACCUCUCGUAUGAUCAACCGGACUUCACCGAAGACAAUGGAAUUGACUAUGAUAUUGAUCUCUCUCCUGCAGUGAUCUAUGAGGCCAAUACUCACAACCGCAAAGUCAGUCCAUCUGGCCACCGUAAUCGCGAUCCGGCAACCAAUCGAGAGCGUCCGUAUAUCCCUCGCGAGAUGUGGAAUCAGCUUUCAGAUGAUGCCAAAGCCAUUCUCCAAGGCCUGUCCGCACCCGACAAAGGCCCUACUCGAUCCGGCGAUGUCUCGCAACGUGCGUUGGAAGCGAAUACCCACGCCAAGAUAUCGAACGAUAAUGGCGAGUUCAACCGUAGCGAACCAGACAACCAGCAAGCUGAAGCAUUCCAUGACUGUGAUCAAACGACGGAGCUCCUUGCACACUUGACUGACCGUGUGAGUCACAUGGGAGACGGCGAUAUCCAAAAAGUCCUUGCUGCAUCCCGCCGUACACCAAUCAAUUGUACCCAGUCAUCGGACAAUCGACAACAGUCUGUUCAACUCAACGUUCUGGAAUAUCAAGUCUCUCGUCAUUCCGUUGAGAACAAAACUGCUGCUCUAGUCGAUCGAGGUGCCAACGGUGGACUUGCUGGCUGUGAUGUCAAAGUUGUGAACAAGACAGGACGGUCUGCUAGUAUAACGGGUAUCAACGAGCAUACCCUGUCAGAUUUGGAUAUUGUCACUGCCGCUGGGUUUGUCGAGUCUCACAAAGGCCCUAUCAUUGUGAUUAUGCACCAAUACGCCUAUCUUGGCAAGGGAAAGACCAUCCACUCCAGUGCCCAACUUGAGCAUUACCGAAACACAGUCGAAGACCGGUCUCGCAAUGUUGGAGGACAACAGCGGAUUGUUACCUUGGAUGAUUAUAUCAUUCCUCUUCAUGUUCGACAAGGCCUCCCGUAUAUGGAUAUGCGACAGCCUACCGAUAGCGAGUUCGAAUCUCUUCCGCAUGUUGUGUUGACUUCCGAUAUUGACUGGGACCCUUCUAUUCUAGACAAUGAAGUUGACAUGGUGAACGACUGGUACGAUGCAAUGCAAGAUCUUCCGGGCAAUGCCUAUGUUGAACCACGAUUUGACAACACAGGCCAAUACCUCCACCGCCAUAUAGCGUACUAUGAUCUCGAUCGUGAGGACGCUAUUGAUUGCAUUAUCCAGUGUCGUAAGCACAAUGUCAAACGCAAUGAACGGGAUUAUGAAGCAUUACGUCCCUGCUUGGGAUGGGUAUCCGGUGACACUGUCCGAAAAACCAUCAUGGCUACGACACAGUACGCUCGCGAAGUCUACAAUGCACCGCUACGAAAGCACUUCAAAUCGCGAUUCCCGGCUCUAAAUGUGCAUCGGCGCAACGAGGCUGUUGCAACGGAUACUAUCUGGUCAGACACACCUGCUGUUGACAACGGAGCCAAGUUUGCACAACUGUUUGUGGGGAGACGUUCCUUAGUCACCGAUAUUUAUCCCAUGAAAACAGACAAGGAGUUCGUCAAUGCCCUUGAAGACAAUAUUCGCCAUCGUGGAGCUAUGGAUAAACUUCUGAGUGAUCGAGCCCAAGUCGAAAUCAGUAAGAAGGUUGCUGAUAUUACACGAGCCUACAACAUUGACCAAUGGCAAAGUGAACCUCAUCAUCAACAUCAAAAUUUUGCCGAACGCCGUAUUGCUACUAUUGAAGCUAAUACCAAUAGCGUUCUUAACAAAACCGGUGCUCCUGAUUCCACUUGGCUCUUGUGCAUUGCCUACAUCUGCUAUGUCUUCAACCAUUUGUCCCAUGAAUCUUUGCACGAUCGUACACCGCUCGAAAUCCUUCUUGGUAGCACCCCUGAUAUCAGCGUACUUCUCCAGUUUCAUUUUUGGGAACCGGUGUACUACCGUAUCGAAGAUCCAUCUUUCCCUUCCGAUGGUACCGAAAAGAGCGGUCGCUUUGUUGGCAUUGCUGAAUCUGUUGGGGAUGCUCUCACUUACAAAAUCCUCACAGACGACACCAACAAGAUCUUAUACCGCUCUAGUGUGCGUUCCGCAUUGAAAUCCGGAGAAAUCAACCUACGCCUUACGACACAGGAUGGGGAGAGUAAUUCUAAGCCUAUCAACUUUGUCAAGUCGCGUAGAACUGAAAACAAAAAUUCCUAUGCCUUAAAGGAUCUACCCGGUUUCACCCCUGAGGACCUUAUUGGACGCACGUUCCUAACCGAUACUCAGGAUGAUGGGGAGCGUUUUCGUGCACGUAUCACAAGGAAAAUCUUAGAUCCCGACAAGCCCUCUGAUGUGCGUUUUUAG